CAAAAUGGUUUCACAUUGGUGUGUGGUUGCCGUUUGUGUGUGUUCAUUUGUUUUGGGAGCAACAGAUGCAACUGAUACAGAAUCUUCAUCACCACGCACGCCAAGAUGCAUCGUCGUACAAAAACAAUCUGGAUCGAAAGAUAAUUUAGAUUAUGAAGAUGACUACAAAGGGCCCACUCCAAAAGGACGACGUACAAACAAACUUACGGCCCACACUAAAGAUGAAACCGAGGAAUUGAGUGAAUUGAAUGAAAACAUCGAACGAUUAAAAACAUUGCCAGUGAAUUGGUUCAACAAGAAGUUUCUGAGCAAGUUCAUUGGUUUAUAGACAGAGAAAGAAUAUAAUUUUACUUACUUUAACUAUAUUUCAAUGACAGAUAAAGAAUUAUAA